AUGUCCGAGGAAGCCAACCCUGUCGUUGCCAUCGUCGACGGCGCCGACCAGACAUCAUCAAAGCGUGGAGGCGCCGCUGCCAAGCCCCGCAAGUCUGCCGGUGGCGGCAAGAAGGCAGCCCCUGUCGCUCAAGAGGUCGCAAAGUUCGAGUACGGAGACAUUGUCCUCGCGCGUCUGCGAGGCUUCCCUCCCUGGCGUGACUGCUCGCGUGCGUAUCCCUUCGCGGUCCCGAUCAUGGGGUUGUCUUCCCUCGCGUCUCUCGCGCAGCCCGCUGACCAGCAGAUUACCGACCCCGAGAACCUGCCUGCCAACGUACUGGCCUUGCGGCCCAAGAAUCCGGCGUUCCAGUGCGCGCAGUUCUUCCCCGUCGGCGACUACUCUUGGCUCCCUCCGAAAGAGAUUCAGCCUCUGAAGAAGCACCAGAUCCAGGCUUUCCUCAACGAGGGCCACCGCAAGGCCGCGGGCAACUUGCGCGAGGCGUACGAAACCGCAUUGGACCCGAGUGACUGGGACCAGGCGCAGGAGGAGUAUCGCCGCGAGCGGGAGCAGGCCGAAGCCGAGGCGGAGGAAGACGUUGACGAGUUGGAGGAGGAGGAGGGCGAAGAGGGGGAGCCGGCAGGCAAGAAGCGAAAGCGCGCCGCUCCCGCACCAAAGAAGGAGGCCAAGAAGCCCAAGGUCAACAAGAAGGCUGAGGAAAAGCCAAAGGCAAAGGCGGACAAGCCCAAGUCGAAGGCUACCGACAAGGCUGACGAGUCUAAAUCGGAGGGAGCACCCGCCGCCGCCGGUGACGAGGAGUCCCCUGACCCAGAGGCCGUCAAGGUCAAGGACUGGCGGCACAAGCUGCAGCGCGCCUUCCUCCAGAAGGGCGUGCCGACCGCGUCUGAAAUGGACCAGUACGACGAUCUGUUCAAGACGAUCGAGAAGUACGACGACAUGAAGAUCGAAUACCUGCAGUUCUCCAAGAUUGGCAAGGUCAUGAAGAAGAUCGCUGCCCUCACGAACGUUCCACGCGACGACGAGCUAAAGAUCACCUCGCGCGCUGAGAAGCUCAUGAAGGAGUGGUUUGAGUUCAUCAACCGGAGCGAGGGGGGCGGUUCCUCGGCUGCCAACGGUUCAGCCGACAAGGCAGACAAGGCCGAGGCCACCAUGUCUCCUACCAACAAUGACACUUCCGCGGCAGCCGCACCAACUUCUGCUACACCUGCUGCGGAGGAGGCGCCAGAGCCAGAGGCACCUGCUCCUGAAGAGUCCACAGCACCGGACAGCGAGGAGGUCAAGGUAGACGCGUGA